AUGGACAGAGGCAUGCAGGGGCGGUGGGUAAGGUUCUGGUCUCUGAAAUGGACGGAGGUCCAGAAAAAGAAGAGGUUGCAGGGCAAGGAGCCUUCACAGGAAUCAAAAAGCUUUGAAGCGCUGGAUGACCUGGAGGUCCCUGCCCUGACAAAUGACACAGAUGGUUCAUCGGCCAAGAGAACUAAGAGAUAUGUAAAUUCCUUCAAUGGGUAUUUCUACGCUGUCUGUCCAUCCGGUCAAACCAUCUCUAGGAUUUCCAGUUACCACAGUAAUGCCUAUGAGGAUCGUCGGUUCAGCUUCAGCUGCAAAUCCACAUUCAGCUCCACCCCCACGUGCACUGGUAGUGGUUAUGUGAACAGCUUUAAUGGCGUUCUCUCCUACACCUGCCCUUCCAACUACGUCAUGUCAGGAGUAGCCAGUUACCACAGUAACACCUACCAGGACCGCAGGUUCUACAUCAGGUGUUGCAGAGCCCCUGGCCAUUACCACCACAGCUGCCGUUGGACCCCCUGGGUGAACUACUAUGAGGAGUACUUCAACUGGUAUGUGCCCAACUACAACUACCUGGCCGGAGUCUACUCCAUCCACCACAACUCUCCCCAGGAUCGCUGCUUCAGGUUCCUCUACUGUGCAAAGUACUGAGGAGCUUGACAGAAAGAAGUACAAAAUGAAAACAAUGUUUCUAAAUGAGGUGUUUGUGUCCCGACUCAUGAUACUGUGUUCUCUGUCCUUUGCAUAUCCUACUUUUUAAAAUCAUUUACAGUGUUUCUCUACUGUGAGAAUUUUAGCCUUCAUUAUACGUCAUUUGUACCCAAUGUCCAUACCAUGGGUGUAAACCUGAA